ACUGUCCAGAUCAUUUGUUUUCAAAACUCCCUACACGUGUGAGAAUAUUUAGCAAAGUUUAUUUAUUUUAUUAAAUUAUGGGUCGGAAGAUACAAAAUAAGAAAAAAGUUCCUCAACUUGAGAUUGUGCCUAUGGAUGAAAAUCCUCCAUUACCACCACAGAGAACUUCUGACGACGUCGUACCUAAAAGAGAAAAAUGGAUAAAUAAGCAGCGUGUUCUAGUCUUUGCUGCUAGAGGUAUUAACCAUCGUGAUCGCCAUCUAUUGCGAGAUAUAAAAAGUCUAAUGCCUCAUCAUCGUCCUGAGUCAAAAAUGGAACGUUCAAAAACGCUAUCUGUAAUCAAUGAAAUGUGCGAAAUGAAGCACUGCAACAAAACAAUAUUAUUUGAAGGACGCCGAAAACGUGAUUUAUAUAUGUGGGUGGCUAAUGCAGCUACAGGACCUUCCGCUAAAUUCCUUGUUGAAAAUAUUCAUACAAUGGCAGAACUUAAAAUGACUGGUAACUGUUUGCGCGGAUCUAGACCGUUAUUAUCAUUCGAUACUAAGUUUGACGAAGUCCCACACUUGAAGUUAUUGAAAGAAUUGUUUACACAAACUUUUGGUGUACCUAACCAUCAUCCAAAGAGUCAACCUUUUAUAGAUCAUGUCUACACUUUUACAUAUCUGGAUCAUCGCAUAUGGUUCAGAAACUUUCAAAUUCUCUCAGAAGAUGGUGGUUUAGCUGAGAUCGGCCCAAGAUUUGUUAUGAAUCCCGUUAAAAUAUUUGAAGGUUCAUUUACUGGCAAUGCUAUUUGGGAAAAUCCAAACUAUAUAAGUCCAUCGCGUCAACGUCAAAUGUUAAAGAAAGCCGCUAAGGAGAGAUACGUGAACCGUGUAGAACAGAAAGUACAUCAAGAAGUUAAUAGGCCAAAGGAGGCAUAUGAAGGAUUAGAGUAUGAAGAGUUAUUUGAAAAUGAGGACGCUAUAACGACAGCAAAAUUACUGGCGGAAAAAGCCAAGAAAAAGGUAGUUGUGGACCCGAGUAAAGAAAAGUCUUCCAAGUCAGCAUUGACGAAAAAAAUCAAAGAAAAACAACUAAAAGCUGCAGUUGAACUAAUAGCGAAAAAGAAAGCAAAAGUUUCGAAUAAGAAAAAAAUAAAUGAUUUUAUAACACAUCCAUACUUACUUGGCAUAAAGAUAGUUGUGAUAAUUUGUGGGAUUAUAUUUGUAAAUAAAAGAAGUUUUUUAAAUAAAUUGUUUAUAAUGUCUAUGCGACCGGAUGAUCAUCGUCGAAAAUGGGAUAAGACAGAAUACCAACGACUGGCACAGGAAAGGUUACAAAACCAGACGGCUAAGGCAAAUCCAAAGGAUGAAGAACCCAUACAACGUGAGAACCUAAAGCGGCGGGACUACAAAGUCGAUCUUGACAGUAAACUCGGAAAAAGCGUUGUUAUAAACAAGAACACACCUACCUCACAAUCUGGUGGCUACUAUUGUAAUGUAUGCGAUUGUGUCGUUAAAGACUCAAUUAAUUUUCUUGAUCAUAUCAAUGGCAAAAAACAUCAACGUAAUUUGGGCAUGUCCAUGAAAGUGGAGCGCAGUACUGUCGAUCAAGUAAAAGAACGAUUUCAAGCGAAUAAAAAAAAGAUGGAAGAAAAACAAAAAGAUUAUGAGUUGGAACGGCGCCUACGGGAAGCUAAAGAGGAGGAAGAACGUUACAAGGAGCAUCGAAAAGAAAAACGGAAAGAGCGUAAAAGGAAAGCCAGUGAUACCGAUCUUUUGGGUGGCGGUUUAUCUGAUGAUAUGGCAGCUAUUAUGGGAUUUUCUGGAUUUGGCGGUUCCAAAAAGAAUUCUUAGAAGAAAACAAGAAAUUUGUAAAUUUUUUGUUUUGUUUCUGUAAUAAUAUUUGUUAUUGCAUAAAACAUUGUAACAUAAAAGCUAGUAAAAAUAUAUGAACUUGAGCAAAGGAAAUGUGUGGGAAGCUUCUACUGCCACCAUCUGACAUCGGAUUACUCACGUGUGGCAACGUAGAUGACACCGGGCACUUGGACUAUGAUAGUAAUUCAAAGAUAUAAUUGAAAUAGAAAACAUAUAUUAAUAUUUAUAAAACUAUUUUAUAAGAAUUUAAAACAAAACUACCAUAACUUACCAAAAGCGCUUUGUUUAUAACUUCGGCCGCAAAACUUCGGAGCAAUCGCGCUGGCUUCACACCGCAUAGCAUUGCCGCUCUGACAUAAUUGCAAUUAAUAAUUUCGGUGAAUUGCCUACAAAAUGUUAAAUAUUUCGGACUAAAAUUACUGUUUUAGGAUUUCGUAUAAAAAAUGUUCAAUUAUAAUUUUAAUUCUCAAGGU